GAGCAGGACUGGAUUUAAGUGAUUUCAUCACACCAAUUGGUCUCCAUUCAUUAAUCUGGCUGCAGCUCCAGGAGUCUCGGAAAACUCACAUCUUAUGAGUGAUGAAUGAAUAAUUUCAAUCAUCCAGUGGCGAACUCUAUCCGCCACUUCUCAACUAGCAACUGCAACCGAAACACCUGUUAUAUCUCACCCACUAAGAUCUGCGGCGUUUCGAUUCAAAUAGAACUUCGAAUCUUGUUAGUGUAUCCGGCGUCUAAGGCAGGAAUAUAACAAAUGACAUAAACAUAACAAAUGACAUAACUCAAACCUGACAUUCAGUUGACAGUCUUCACUUUCAUUUAUCAAAGUUUUUUUUUUAUGCAGUAGGCAAAUUCGGUAAAAAAGCGCACUAAUGGAUUUAAAUCCCGAGCGAAGUUCAAGCGUCUCCAGCCAAUUGGAGCUGAAACCAUCACGAGUUGUUGGAAAAUCCAUGCAGAAUGUGGUGGGACUUCCUUAUGGUUGGAGCGAAAAGAGCACAAUUUCCAUAAAACAGUCCCAAGUAUUCAAGUCUAACACCUCAACGAAAGCUUCGCUGACCGCAAAAUCUUCCACCAAAACCACUGGCAGAGCAGGGGAGAAAUUCAAAAAACAUCCCGGUGCUGGCGACUUAUUUCUGCAGCAGCUCAGCCAAAAAGUCUCUGACCAAGUGGCUGCGGUCCAGAAUUUCUGCGAUAGCAAACAUCUUCUCCAGCGCAACACCGAAUCGUUUAAGUGUUUGGCCCAGGUGUUGCUUUCUAGCAGUUCCCUGGCCAAAAACCGACUGUUCUUGUUCCCGCCCUUGGAAGAUCCCGGAAUUUCAUUGGCGUUCAAUUUUCAAGAGCCGCCACCGAUAAACGACGAUAUUGGCGCGGAAAAGUACAAGAAACUCUGCAGAGAGCUGGAAAUUGUGCCCAUAUCGCGAAUCACCAACUCCUUGGAGACGGACACCUUGGAUUUGAAGUACUACGGCCUUUCGCUGCAGCAAAUCAGAGCCUUGACUGAGGCGAUGAAAGCCAACUCUCGAGUGCAGACCCUCAUUCUCCAAGACAAUUGGCUAUCAGUGGAAAUGGCUCAAAUGCUCAGCGACAUGUUGGAGGAAAACAUCUCCCUGCUCAGUCUCUCCUUAUAUGAAUGCAGGCUGGGCGAAGCAGGCGCUCAGAAGCUGGGGGAGGCUCUAUCCAGCCUCCAAACGCUGAGAAGCCUGGACUUGAGCUACAACGAACUAGGAGACGCCGGAUUGCUCGCCUUAAGGACUGGGUUGUGUGAAAAUGCCUCACUGAACACUCUAAAUCUCAGUCACAAUAACAUUACGGAAGAUUCAGCUGAAGCCUUGGCGGCCAUCCUGGUGGAGAACAAAACUAUCGAGGAUCUGGACCUGUCGUGGAACGGCUUCUUCACAGCGCAAGGCAACCGCAAGCUCUUCAAGGGCCUAACAGAGAGUGAUAGAAUUAAGGCCCUGAACUUGUCAUGGAAUGGGCUGGGGCUCACGCCAGCAGUCAGACCGAUGGUUCGCUACUUGAAGAAAGCCCAGACUUUGCAGGAAAUUGACCUGAGCAACAACCGUUUAGAGGGCCAGUCCCUAAGAAUAACCAGAACGGCCCUGAACAAAAACCACUCACUUCGAACGGUGAGAAUUGGCAGCAACAUCUACGGCCCGGAAGAGGCGCAUUUUCUGCUAACGAUGCUGGCUGGCAAGGCCAAAGAUCCUUUGGAGUAUCUGGAUAUGGACAAUAUGUAUGUGAAUAAGCAAUCCAAGCCGAUUUUAACAAAAAUCGCCAAUAUUGGCAAAAAAGUGAAAAUCGGGGGCAUUUUGAGCAACUACGAAAUCCACGGGCCCAACCCCCGAAAGCUGAUCUACGAUCGGUGCCGAUACAUUCUGAUGAAGCCCAAAAAAGCCAAAGCCAGAAAGGACUUUGGGCACCUCAUCCUGAGCCUGCCGGCUAACCCCAUCCAACCGGAAGACUUGCAGAAGGAGCUGAAGAAGCAGAAAAUGAAAAAACUGGACAAGGAUUUGGUGCAAGCACUGGCUAAUUUGUUCACGAACAAGAAGAAGCAGGUGGACUGCCAGGCGCUGGUUCAGGACUACAUGGGGUUUUACCCGGACACCCAAUUGCCGCCCCCUAAACCCAAAAAGGGGAAAAAGGGCAAGAAGGGGAAGAGAAGCAAAGAAGAAAAGGAGAUCAUGGUGCAUGAUCUGGAGAAAGCACCUGAGGAAGCACAACUAAACAAAUCCCCCAUCGAUGAAGGAGAACCUGUUCAGGAAACGGAGGCUCCGCAAUAAAACCGGAUUGAUCAGUAA